AAAAUGACUUUGAAUCAUGUUUUAGCUGAUGAUUGGAAAUUUCCAAUUAAACGUUUUUUAUAAAAAGACUUUAUCAUUGAUUAUGGCGAACCCAUUCAGCUGAAUAUUGCAAAUGUAAUUAAUGUCGAGAGAAAACAAAUAUAAUAAAGAUUUGGAUCAUGAUACGGAUAUAAUGCAAUCAGCAAAACAACAUUUAUGUUUAAUAAAAUCCAACGAUACAAAUAUUUCAUUACGGUUCUUCCUUUUUUACCUGAACUAUAAUCAAAAAUAUCUCCAGAAGCUUGUUUGCAAUGCAUAUAUUUCCUUUUCUUUUUUCCACUCGAGAGAGAGCACACUUACACAAUGUUACAAGUAUAUAGAGCGUACGGUUUCAAAGAAACCAGUAUUGAUCUAUUUAUUCUUUUUUCCUAUUGAACCCAACACUCAUUAUUGCGAUAUUUUAAACAUUAUUUUAAAAAAUAAGAGCGCGUGUUCAAACAUUUGAGAGUAGUUAAAGAGAAUAGUAAAGAUUGCGCUAGGUCAGAUGCUUAUUUGAUAUCUGAUCAUCUGUUUGGGUUUUUAAAUUCGUUUUGUUUCUUUUUCGAUUUUUAUUGGGAAAAGUAAAUAGUUUUUUAAAGUUGAUUAUAUAUAUGUUAUAAUUAGGUAAAUAGUUUUGCAAAGUUAUCGAUGCUGAUCAUUUUUUAUUGAUCCAAAAAUAGAACACUUUUUUGAAUUUGUAUUUUCCUGCUCUAACCGUAUAACAAUUGCAUAAUAAAUUAUUUAUACUUCCCGAGAUACACGUGGUAUGUUAACGUUGACAGAUAGGGGUAAAGGCCCUUUAUAUGAUUCAAAUAGUUAUUUGUAGUUGAAUCGAGGAGUGCUGUAAUCAUGUGUUUCUUCUGUGUGAAACUUUAAACAUACUACAGGUAAGACGCUUCAUUUAAGGGGAAAAUCUGGACGAUGGAUACAGUGACAAAUUCUAUGAACCUUACCAACUUCACGACACAAGGUCAUGUUGUGUAUCAACCAUCGACGACAAUGAAUUCAUAUGAAGAUAUAGAUGAAAUAGCCGCUUACCUGUGGAAAGCCAUAUCGCCAAUCAUUUUUAUCGUAGGAAUGACAGGAAAUAUGAUCAUUGUGGUGGGAUUGAAAAAAAUGAAUUUUCAAAGGAGACCGCCGUAUAUAUUUUUGUUCGUUCUUGCAAUAUUUGACAUGGUGGUCCUGUGUGUGGGCUUAAGCCAGUACUGGGUUUUGUACACGUUCGACUACAACCUGCGCUUAGUAGGUGAAGCAGGUUGUAGAAUUAGCCUCUUUGUCAUUUACUGGUCCAUGCAGUGUUCCUCGUGGAUUCUGGUGUGUGUUGUGUUCGAGAGAUUCCUGAAAAUCAAGUUUCCACUGAAGUACAUGAGGUUUGUGACCAUUCCAAGAUGUGUUCGUGUAAUCGUCAUCGUCAUGGUGAUAUUAGGUGGAAUAGACAUGCAUUUGUUAAUUACCAAUGGAAUAAAAUUUGAUAAAAAUGAAACGAAGUGUACCUCAUUAAACGCAGAUUACCUUUACUACGACGAAUAUGUUUUUAUAUGGGUUGAUAUGACGUUCGUUUCCAUUCUUCCAUUUUUACUCAUGAUUUCCAUGAACGCUGUCAUGGUUAAUGUUCUUCGCCAAUCUCGUGAGUUUCGUCGACACAGUGUUCCGAAUACGAUGACAAUGAACCGUAUGAACAGAUUUGAUAAAAGACUAACUACAAUGCUUUUGGUCACCAGUAUCUAUUUCCUGUUUACAACUCUUUUGAUAUCCAUUUAUUAUAUAGUGGACACGUACAAGAAAUCAAAAGGCAAUUAUACAGCGGCAGUGAAAGAAAUAAGUUGGACAAUUCUAUAUUUAUUCCAGUUUACUAAUUAUGCUAUGAACUUUAUCCUGUAUACUUUGUCCAAUAAAAGGUUUAAGAAAAAGCUCCUGGAAGUUUUCAGACUUAGUUCAAGCAAUUCAAGUUAUAACAACGGAAGUUCAAGAUCGGCAAAUAGAGCAUCUGUGUAUAGUGUUGAUAUAACUGAAGCCUCAAUUGGGUCAGAACCCGAACCCGAACCCAAACAAAUAACAAACAUCAACGGGGGAGAUUCACACAACAGCGGUUCAAAAGAGACAAUCGUUGGUAAUGAUGACCGAAUGGAAAGCACGGAUACCGAGAGUGGAAAGUGGGUUCCAAAGGUCGUGAGUUCAAGCCCUGGCCGAGGCAGAGGUGGAGCUCUAAUGUGGUGGUAA